GAUGCUGAAGUCCGGCGACCCCGGCGGAUCAGCUUUCCUCAAGGUGGACCCGGCUUACCUCCAACACUGGCAGCAGCUUUUCCCACCCAGCAGCCAACUGAAAGGUGGCGCGGGGCUGCUGGGCCACCCUCUCCAGGCGCCCGAAAGAGUCCUCGACCCAACCUGUGACAACCUCCGGCAGCUCCCGGCGUCUCUCUCUUCGUCCGCCUCCUCGUCCUCCUCGUCUUCCUCCUCGUCCUCCUCUUCUUCCACUCCUUCGUCCGCUCCAUCUUCGUGCGCCGUCGCCUCCCUGGCCAGCUUGACUUCGCUGCCGAUGGCGCAGAUUCCUGUCUUUGGGCCGAUCCAAAGCUCCGAUCCCGCGACGGGAGCCCAGGUCUCGCUCUUGCAGACCAAGGACUUGGUAGGGGGCGGCGGCAGCAGCCUGGCCAAGUGCAGCGAGAGGGCGGCGUCCAGGUUUCGCUGCACGGCCGAAGAACUGGACUAUUACCUCUACGGGCAACAGCGCAUGGAGAUCAUUCCCCUCAACCAGCACACCGGGGACCCCAACAAUCGGUGUGACAUGUGUGCCGAUAACCGAAAUGGAGAAUGUCCCAUGCAUGGACCUCUGCACUCUUUGCGCCGCCUGGUGGGAACUAGUAGUGCAGCAGCGGCAGCUCCUCCCCCUGAGAUUCCGGAGUGGCUUCGGGAUCUGCCACGAGAAGUAUGUCUGUGCACCAGCACUGUUCCUGGCUUGGCCUAUGGCAUCUGUGCAGCCCAGAGGAUUCAACAGGGCACUUGGAUUGGGCCUUUCCAGGGAGUUCUUCUUCUGCCGGAAAAGGUACAAACAGGAGGACCCAGAAAUACUCAGCACCUCUGGGAAAUAUAUGACCAAGAUGGGACACUACAGCACUUUAUUGAUGGUGGGGAACCCAGUAAGUCAAGUUGGAUGAGAUAUAUUCGAUGUGCACGGCACUGUGGGGAACAAAAUUUAACUGUAGUCCAAUACAGAUCAAAUAUAUUCUACCGAGCUUGCAUGGAUAUUCCCAGAGGCACUGAGUUGUUGGUGUGGUAUAAUGACAGCUACACAUCUUUCUUUGGAAUUCCUUUGCAGUGCAUUGCACAGGAUGAGAACUUGAACGUUCCUUCAACUGUUAUGGAAGCCAUGUCAAGACAAGAUCUCCAGCCAUUCAGCAAAAGUAGCAAAUCACCCUCUGCCCCUCCACAGCGAUCCGUAGUCUUUCCACAGACUCCAUGUAACAGGAAUUUCUCUCUUCUGGAUAAAUCGGGUUCUCUCGAAUCAGGAUUUAACCAGAUCAGUAAAAACCAACGAGUUCUCGCAAGUCCGACAUCAACAAGUCAAUUGAAUUCUGAGUUUAGUGACUGGCAUCUUUGGAAAUGUGGGCAAUGCUUUAAGACUUUCACCCAACGGAUCCUCUUGCAAAUGCAUGUUUGUACACAGAACCCUGACAGGCCCUAUCAGUGUGGACACUGCUCCCAAUCCUUCUCCCAACCUUCAGAGCUCCGGAACCACGUAGUCACUCACUCCAGUGACAGACCUUUCAAGUGUGGCUAUUGCGGUCGUGCCUUUGCUGGUGCUACUACACUCAACAAUCAUAUCCGGACACAUACAGGGGAGAAACCAUUUAAGUGCGAGAGGUGUGAGAGGAGCUUCACCCAAGCCACCCAGCUGAGUCGACACCAGAGGAUGCCCAAUGAGUGCAAGCCAAUAACAGAGAGCACAGAAUCAAUUGAAGUGGAUUAACUGAUUGACUGGUUGGAAUUAAACUGCAAGGAAAGUCAUGAUUAAAUGUCACGGACACUUAAGCAAAACCAAAGAUUUCCUCUGAGCAACUUUCAAUCAGUCCCAGAAAACCAAGAGCAGUAAUAAAAUAAGUAAGAUGUUAAGAGAUAUUGAUCCUGGCAUGGAAGCGAAACCAGGAAAGAGAUUAUUUAUUUAUGACUAAGAAUGAGACUGAUUUCAAUGGACAAGAAAUCCAAGCCUUGUAGGAUUUCCAGCCCCUUCCUCAUCAUGUAUUGCUUUAUUUCUAAAAGCUUUUAUAAUUGCUAUUUAAUACCAAAGCAACAAAUGUCAAGGGCUUUUCUGCCCAUAAGUAUGACUGCAAAUGCACAGGGACUUGUUUAUUGUUGCACCUUUUUCUUCAGCACGACUAAACGGACCCGAAUAUAUGUUCCUGAUAAGGUUCAGUUAGAUUGCCAUUCUUUUUACUUGACGUUAAUUUAAAAGGACUAAAGGACAAGAGAGAGAAGGUGAUCCAGGACCAUCGUUGCCCUCCUCUGACUAAUGCACAUUUCAUUUCCAUGGAUUCAAAAUUCACAUUUUGUGCACUUUUUUGUAUAAAUGUUUUCAUUAGCCAGUGUUGCAUUGGCCAAGGAGAUCCAAGAAUUGUUAAAUAAAUCUGUAGAUAUAUAUGUUGUAAAAUAUCCAUAAGGAAAGCAUUUGAAAUAUGUAGAGUUUUUGAAAACUGUCCUCUUUAAUGAAUGAGACAUAUUAUUCAUAACUGAUGAAUAAUUUCAAGUAAAAUAGUGACACUCUCUUAUCUAAAGCUACCGUGCUUGAAAUCAUAAACAUUAAAAAUGGUAUAGCAAGAGGCAUUCUUUACUUUAAUUAUGAAGAAGAAAAAUCAAUACAAUUUGUCCAUGUUUAAAUUUUUUACAAUCAAUCACAAAAAUAGGUUCAUAUAUAGCUACAACCCAUGAUAAAUUGAGUUCCAACUUUUUAUUGUACAACAUAGAAAAAUACAGGCAGUCUAGAUGUCGAUUACUACAUGAACAGAAAGCUAAAGUCAUUCCACUCAUUUGAUAUGAUUGUAAUAUCUCCUGAUGUACAAAAAGUUUAAGACUUAUCUGAAUUUAUUCCAUUCUAUGUGCAUAUAAUAUUCUCAAGUCCUUUUCCCAUGUCUUGGAAUGGUGAGCAUAACCUCUGAGCAUAAAAUGAUGGAGUAAGGAUGCACAGUCAAUAAGUAUGUAUUUUUUACAUGAAAGAAAGUCCUGCCAUAUUAAGUGGCUAUGUGGGGCAAAUGUGCAUUAGAUCAUCAAUUUUAAAUUUAUGUUGAAGCAUUUUAUAUUUUUUAAUCUCAGUUGACCAUGCUGGCAGGACUUUAUAUUAAAUUAAAUUCACAGUUAUUCCCAUCACUUCAGAGUAAUAUUUAUUCCUUGAAAGUUGUCUUGGGCCUCUUCCAAUUUUUAACUCCUUUAAAACUAAAACACAUGAAAAUUGUUGCGUUGUGUGAGGUGGGAGGCAAUAUAAAUGGGAUAAUUAAUUAAUCGCAAAAGGCACUAUAAAUGAAUAAGUUGAAUGCUGUAGCAAAUGUAGCAAAAAUUAAUCUAACACCAGGUAAGGUGACCUUCCUACCCUGUUCACAAUUGGCUCCAUUUCCUUACUUUGUUUUUGUGAUUUAGGGGGUAAGCCCAAUGUUAAAGAUUAAAUUUACAAUACUGAAUUAAAAACCUAGUAACAAAAACAAAGCAAACUAUUUAUGAGGUUCAUUUUUGGUGUUGAUGAUAUAGAUGCACAUAUAUUUAAUCAAAUCAACAAAUUAAUGAAAUCAUAUACAAGAUGUAUUGCUGGUGUGUGGAUAAAAAUGUCCUUUAUUUUAAUUUUCAGGAUGGUCUGUGCUAUAAAAGAUUAUCAUCAACAUCAUCUGGUCAUUGAUUCCUUUGUACAAACUAAUUCUACCAAUUCUGAAAGUCAUCACUGAAAUGGCCCCAGCCUCAGUUGUAUUUAUCAGGCAUAACCUGUAAUUGCCAUUUUUGCCUUUAGAACCCUACCUCAUUACUUCAUGACUGAAGCAUCACUAUAUAAUUCAUAAAUCCCCUGAGUUAAUGUAUUGGCUCAUUUAGAAAAGUAACCAGGCACCUUUGUCUCAUUAAACAUGUAGUAUUAA